AGCGCAGCGUAGGGGGGCGGGAGAGAGAGAGAGAGAGAGAGAGAGAGAGGAGGUGGAUGGGCACCGACGCGUUCCUCCGGCAGCAGGAGCCAUGGUUCGUCUCACUGGGCAUCCUCGGCGCCCUCUACGUCGCCGUGGUCGCGUACCGCCUCUUCCACAUCUCCGGCCUCGCGCUCUGCCUGCGCCAGCCCAAGGACCUCCGCCGCCGCUACGGGGCGUGGGCCGUCGUGACCGGCCCGACGUCCGGCAUCGGCCGCUCGAUGGCGCUGGAGCUCGCGCGGCGCGGCCUCAACCUCGUGCUAGUCGGCCGCGACCCCGCCAUGCUCCAGGACAUCUCCGCGACCGUCUCCCGAACGCACGGCGUGCUGGCCAAGACCGUGCAGUUCGACUUCUCCCUCGUCUCCACUCCUCGAGGGGAUGAGGCGAUGAGGCGGCUCCGGGAGGCGGUGGCAGGGCUGGACGUCGGAUUCCUGGUGAACAACGCCGGGGUGGCGAAGCCGGGCGUGGUGUACCUGCACGAGGUCGACGCGGAGGCGUGGGUGAGCAUGAUACGGGUGAACCUGUGGGCCUUGACGGAGGUGACGGCGGCCGUGCUGCCCGGGAUGGUGGACCGGGGGAGGGGCGCCGUCGUCAACAUCGGCUCCGGCUGCACGGUGGCGCUACCCUCCGUACCGUUCUACUCCAUCUACGCCGCCACCAAACGGUACGUUGCUCAGUUCUCCAGGAGCCUUUACGUUGAGUACAGAGGCAAAGGCAUCGAUGUGCAGUGUCAGGUCCCACUAUUUGUGGACACGAAGAUGAUGGCGAAGAUGAUGACGUGGGGAGGCCUCAUGUCACAGUUGAUCACGCCGACACCAGACUCGUACGCCCAUGCGGCGGCACGCUGGAUCGGGCAUGGUCUCCCUGUCUGCAUUCCCAACCCGGGCCAUAGGCUGCAGAUGUGCUUGUACCAACUAUUGCCCGACAGCAUCCGUGUUGGGGCUUGCCUCCACGAGUCCCUCCAUCAGCGGGCCCUGAAUCUGACCAAGGGCACCGUCGCACAGCGUUAAGGGUGGCCUGCCCCCCUAACGAAUAAUCUAUCAUGAUAUUACAAGAGUUGUAUGAAUUUAUAGCAAGGAUUUAUGUGUGUGAUCUGUAUCUCUGAACCACAAGUUCUCUUAAAUCGCAGUUCCUAUGCACGGCUAAUGCAUAUUGUAUCUUGCCCGAUGUGUACCUUAAAGGACUUUUGAUAUGACGGUACCAAGAGUUUAUUUAUA